AAGGAGCGACUGUUGUACCAAUAGUUAUAAUGUUGUGUUCUCUGCCAUGGUGUCCAGAAUCUCCGCGAUUUCUAAUGCUUACUGCAAUGGAUGAAAACAAGGCUGAAAAAGCUCUAAUCUGGUUAAGGGAAACUGAAGAUGUAGGAGAGGAUAUGGAUGAAAUGAAAAGGGAAGCAGAGACGCAGACGAGGAUGCCAGAGUUUGCUUUCAUGGAUUUGUUCCGGAACAAAUUUUUCAGAGAGCCGUUGACUAUAAGCGUAGUUCUACAACUGACACAGCAGUUUAGUGGCAUCAACGCUGUGAUAUAUUACUCCACCGAAAUUUUUAAAACAGCUGGUUUAAGUGCACAUUGGCCUGAGUAUGCUACCAUAGCAACAGGAGGGGUCAAUGUCGUUAUGACAUUAGUAUCUGCGUUCCUUAUGGAUCGAGUCGGACGCCGUACCCUCCUGUUAGUCGGAGUGGGAGGGUUACUGAUCUUCAGUGCUAUUCUUGCUCUGUCUCUAAUACUUAUCAAAGAACUGAACAUAACAGUCGUAUGGCUGCCUUACCUAGCUAUCGUGUCUGUGAUAUGUUACAUCAUUGCAUUUGCCUCAGGUCCAGGAUCAAUACCUUGGUUUAUGGUCGCUGAGAUCUUUUCGCAAGGUCCGCGAUCAGCGGCAGUUUCCGUGUCCACCAUGGUAAACUGGUUCUCUAACUUCACAGUUGGACUAGUUUUCCCUUUAUUGAAUGAGCUGGCAAUUCAUCAAUACUCCUUCCUUCCGUUUGUGGCGCUGCUGAUUAUUUUCUUAAACUUCAUAUACAGAAGAGUCCCAGAGACAAAAGGGAAAACCUUUGAACAAAUUUCACUGCUGUUUAGAAGGCCUGACAUGAUGGUUUAUGAAAGCAUUAUUCAGCAAGAUUCUAUUAAUACACCAUAGACCAAGGUCCACAAUAGAAAUGCAUCUCCGCGAUUCAUAAAAUCUUUCUUUGUUGCAUUCCAGUGUAUGCAUUUAGUAUUAGAA